AUGCAGCUACCAUCGGAAGGCGGAAAGAAACGCGUUCGCGCGGCGUUGUGUGGUGGUAAAGUCCAAGAAAAGCUUCCUGAGGCUCGGCCCUCGGCGCCGCAUGCCGGAUUCCUAUCACUGCUUCUUUUUUAUCAACCACCACCACCUCCGCCGUCCAAAUUCCUCAAGACAGCCGCACUCAACGGCAAAGCCAUCCCAGACGGCAACUGGGGCCCCUCCUACCGAUGCCGUUCCCCCUCCCGCUGCCCUCAAGCUUUGUGGCCAACGGCCCUGGCUUUCCAACUGGACUUGUCCGGGCGACUUCCUCUUGCUUCCGCUGCUCUCCAUACGGCCCCGGUUUACUCAAGGCACUCUAACGCCAACUCUGGUCAGCAACGCGAUAACGAGGAAGACAAACUCACAACUGGCGCACUUGUGGGCGCCACUUCCGCCCCCGCCCACCAUCGCGACGGUGGAUUGGCGGUUGCCCUUCGUGUGCCAGUGGCCUUGCGCGGCGAUCUAUCGGUUAGAUCUGGGUCGGCACCAGGCGCGACACCGGCCCAAUCUUGGCAGUUUCGGCCACGAUUGGUCCCGAGGUGUGGCGUACAUGUGCCUGGGACACAUGUUUCGACGCGUUUCGGCGGUCUGCGCUCGCUGUUGACAAUGCUCUCGAGCCGUCUUGGCGGGCUGUGUACUACUAGUAGUCCGCGCUCGCUGUUGACCGCGUCGUGCACAAGAUCGGCAGCGUCAACUUGCUUUUCUCCAACUCUCCAAAGUUUAGAAGCGAACGGGUCAACGGCUGGCCCUGCGCUCGCCGAUCUCCGUUGCGCAAAACUCGAGCCUGGCGGGCCGAGUCCUCAUUCGAGUGGUAAUCCCCAUGAAUUCCAAACGAAACUGCAAAGCAGCGCCUGGGUUUGCGCGUCCCUCCCGCUGUUUAACGAGGCCGGGGGCGUUCCGGCCCGCAUCGUGGCCGUUCAGCGUGCAAACCGGCCCCCGGACAGCGAUCAUACGCCCGCCCAUCCCUCGGGAAUUGCAAGCGGAACGACGCCCUCGUCUUGCAGCGCCAAACUAGCUCUUGCACAACGACACAUUCUGCGCGUUCUGCUGCCGCCAUACGCGCUUACCUCCGCCGCAUCUACAGUGGGAGGCGAGCCGAUAUGUAUCGUUGUCGGGGGCUCCACAUCAGCGAGUCUUCUAUCGGUGGUGCGCAAGGAGGCAGAUACUACCCGUCAAUUUUUUGCGCGCAAAUGCCACAUCGCAAGCUAG